CGCCGACCACCACUAAUCCAAAUGAUCCUUCCAUUAUUAUUCCUUCUUGCAUCGCUUCUCCAACAAUAUGGCUCGGAAGCUGAAUCAACUCAUAUCAGCAAAUUUCACCAUCCAAGCGUAAAGGAACAGAACGGAGUGCAAGAUUCCCAGCAGGAGAAAAUCAUAACAGUGUCCGGAGAGGGAAUGGUUCACAGCCCAGAUUUCCCAAACACCUAUCCCAGGAAUACUGUGCUGGUCUGGAGACUAGUAGCCACCGACAACAUGAGGAUCCAGCUCACGUUUGAUGAGAGGUUUGGUCUAGAGGACCCUGAAGAUGGAAUAUGCAAGUAUGACUUUGUGGAGAUAGAGGACCCGACCGAAAACACCAUCCUGGGUCGCUGGUGCGGGUCACAGUCGGUACCAGCUGGUCAUGCGUCCAAAGGCAGUCAGAUCAGGAUCCGCUUCAUCUCCGAUGAGUACUUCCCAUCUGAGCCCGGAUUCUGUAUCCGCUAUUCUCCUCUGCCCGCGAGUGUGUCAGAGCCUGAGGUUCCUGUGGUAAUUCCUCCAUCCCUGCAAAGUGUUGAGGAGUUGUCAGAGGCUGUGGCUGGACUGAGUACAGUGGAGGAGGUCAUGAAGUACCUGGAGCCGGAGCGAUGGCAGCUGGAUAUGGAAGAGUUGUACAAACCCACGUGGCAUGUGCUGGGGAAGUCCUUCAUCCAUAAUAAGAAAGCCAGAGGAGCUGAUCUCAAUUUGUUGAGGGAGGAGGUUCGGCUGUACAGCUGCACUCCACGCAACUUCUCCGUCUCCCUGCGUGAGGAGCUCAAGAGGACAGAUGCCAUUUUCUGGCCCAGCUGCCUCUUGGUGAAACGCUGCGGAGGAAACUGUGCCUGCUGCUCGCACCGCUGCUACGACUGCCAGUGUGUUCCUGCCAGGGUCACCAAGAAAUACCACGAGGUACUACUGUUGAAACACCGAGGCGGCGGACGGGGCCUGCAGAAGUCCCUGACUGAUGUGGCCUUGGAGCACCACGAUGAGUGUGCCUGUGUGUGUAAAGACGACUGGGACUGA